GCCCACGCGGCCACCGGUUGCUUGCUUUGCUUCUCUUGUGGGAGACGCGGGGACGUACGCGCGGACGGAGGCGAGGUGCAGGUGCAGGACGGGGGGAAGCAGCUGCGACCUCUCCAUCUCCGUCCACCACCGCUCCCCGAGACCGACCCAACUCCACCAAACAAGCUAAUUUGGCCGCGGGGUGGCGUCAAAUUGCAGCCAAGCGCCCCCGUUUCCUUCGCUGAUUUAGCUCUGGUUCUCUGACCACCGACUUGCCACCGGAUUGAGCGAGCUUCGUCCACCACCGGAUCGAUCGUCGAGGAUGUCAAGCCUUGAGGAGCCACUUGGUCUCGGAGACCUGCCAAAGUUGAGUAUUAACAGACUUGGAAGCCUCUCCUCGCCAAGAGCUUAUCGUAGGGCAGAAGCUGAUGACAUCAACAAUCGCAAGUAUAACAACUCCUGCAAUGGAAGCACUCAGAUGGUCUUCCAUGGCAAUUCUCAUGCAUGGCAUCCGCAAUGCCGUCAGGCCGAUUCAUCAUGUGAUGCAGUGGAGCUUAGAGAUCUUCCCAGAAAGGUUAUGUGGGAUCUACCAAGCUUUGUCAAGAUAGUUGAAGUUGGACCACGAGACGGCCUGCAAAACGAAAAGGGCAAUGUACCAACAUCUGUCAAGAUCCAACUGAUACACAAAUUAGUGGCUGCAGGUUUAUCAGUAGUUGAAGCCACAAGUUUUGUAUCCCCAAAAUGGGUGCCGCAGUUAGCUGAUGCAAAGGAAGUCCUCAAAGGGAUCCAGCAGGUGCCAGGUGUGCGGUAUCCAGUGUUAACCCCUAACCUCAGAGGAUUUGAGGCUGCUGUUGCAGCUGGUGCAAAGGAAAUUGCGGUAUUUGCAUCUGCCUCUGAAUCCUUCUCUAAGUCGAACAUUAACUGUACCAUUGAGGAAAGUCUUGUUCGGUACCGUGAUGUUACUGCUGCUGCCAAGAAACAUGGACUCCUUAUCCGUGGGUAUGUUUCCUGUGUAAUUGGUUGCCCUGUUGAAGGUGCAAUCGAUCCAUCGAAGGUGGCAUAUGUAGCUAAGGAGCUUUAUAACAUGGGGUGCUCGGAGAUUUCACUUGGCGACACAAUUGGUGUUGGUACACCAGGUAGUGUAGCUGCUAUGCUUGAAGCUGUCAUGUCCUUUGUUCCGGUGGACAAGAUUGCUGUUCAUUUCCACGAUACGUACGGCCAGGCCCUUGCCAAUAUCCUAGUCUCCCUUCAAAUGGGGAUCAGCAUAGUGGACUCAUCGGUGUCAGGCCUUGGUGGCUGCCCGUAUGCCAAAGGCGCAACUGGCAAUGUCGCCACGGAGGACGUCGUGUACAUGCUCCAUGGCCUGGGGAUAGAGACCAACGUCGACCUCAACAAGCUCAUGGAGGCUGGCGAUUACAUCUCCAGGCAUCUAGGAAGGCCGGUGGGUUCCAAGACUGCUGCCGCUCUGCGCAAGCACCUGAGUCCCUGAAGAUCAUUUCAGGCACUCCCAAAAGAACAUGCAUGUAUCAGCUGGUGUCAUCACACGUACUUAGGCAGAAUCGUAGAAGCGUCACUUCAGUUUGUUUUUGGCUUUUUUGCGAUCAUACACA